GAGAAGAAGAGAUCGAUGAGUGCUUUUUGUUUGGUAUUUUGGGAAACGUCCCAGGUGGUGCUGCUGAAAUUGCACCACUAUGAAUUAACACUUUGCCCUCGAGGGGAACGAAAGCAGCAGCUUCUGAAUGAGGGCUGUGGGCUCGCCGAGUGCACAGCUAUGGAUGAUUUACUUUGUCCACGCUGGAAAGCUCAAACUGAUGCUGUUGAGGGUUUGAUGGGACUGCAGGCUCCCAGCAGGCACAGGAGAGCAGCUGCUGGCAGGGUGCCCCCAGGUGCCCCCCCUUGCUCCCUCUGCCCUGCCUCCCAGCAGCUGACACAGCACUGCUGCACCAAGGUGGGAUUUGCUCCCAUGCAGCACACUGAGAGGAGAAUAAGGAAUGGUACAAAUGAGCAUAGCACGUGUUCAAUGUGCUGAAAACUGGCUGUUGAGUGGGGAUGGACAUAGUGGGCACAGGGACCAGAGGGGCUGCCAGCUGUGGCAUCCUUAGAGGAGAAUGCUGCUUUUAUGGACCAAGACAUACCAGAAAAUGCCUGCUUUGACCACACAUCACUUGUGGAAAAAAAAUUAAAAAGCAAACACAAAAGCAAUGCUUAAAGCAUUUCACAAUCUUGCAUUCUUUUUUACAGUCUUGUAUUCUCGCAACUUAGUUCCUUGGAGCUGCCCAAGGCCAUAGAUGGUCUAUGUAGGUAUGGAGGGAUGUUUAAAGCAGGACAGGUAGUGCUCAGGGGGAAAAUGAGGAAGCAGAGGGUCAAGCUGUUCAGUGCACUGCUGGGUAUGUCCAAGGUGCCGAGACAGAAACCUGCAGGGCCAGGGAGAUGGGGCUGGGAGCCCUGCCUGGUCCCAUGGGCUGGGCUUGGGGCAGCCACAGGGCUGGAGUACCAUGCCCAGCAGCAGCAGCAGUGCUGGAGCCAGGUGCUGGUGGGCUCCAGGGGUAUAUAUGCCCUGUGCAGAGCCGUGGUGUCGGCGUGUGGCAAAGUGGCGCGGUCAGGUCUUCUGUUGUGCCGCUGGAUAAAGGAAAGUGCUGGGUUCAGCGGCUGGGCACAGGGCCGGGGAGAGGCUUCCAGCUCACCCAGAGCUUUGCAGGAUGUGAUGACUGGGCGGCCGCACAGACACUGAUGAGCUGGCACUUCCAUUGUGUACCCGCCUGCGCUCUGCCCUUGCCAGGCUAUAAAGUGGGGGCCCCGCUGCACCCCGAAACACAAGCCUGCUCCCUCCAACAAGAAGCAGCAGCUGCCCAGACCCGAGCUGACCACCGCGAUGUCUGAGACCACAAAAACCGCUGCUCCCGGCCAGGCUGCAGAGGACAAGGAGAAGGCGGCCCCGGCACCAGCUCCAUCCUCCGACCCCACUCCUGUCACCAACAGCAAAGGGGAAGAGCCCUCCACGGAAGCUUUCAGGAUUGUCAUCUUCGAGCAGGAGAAUUUCCAGGGCAGGCAGAUGGAGUUCACCAGUGAGUGCCUGAACCUGGCAGACUGCGGGUUUGACAGAGUGCGCAGUGUCAUCGUCAGCUCCGGACCCUGGGUGGCCUAUGAACAAGCCAACAUGCGCGGGGAGAUGUUCAUCCUGGAGAAGGGCGAGUACCCACGUUGGGACACCUGGUCCAGCAGCUACCGCAGCGACUGCUUCAUGUCCAUGCGUCCCAUCCGAAUGGAGGCCGAGGACCACAAGAUCUCCCUGUACGAGUCCGCUGACUUCAAGGGCAACAAGAUGGACAUCCAGGAGGACGACGUGCCCAGCCUCUGGGCUUAUGGCUUCUGCGACCGCGUGGGCAGCGUGAAGGUGCCCAGCGGAACCUGGGUCGGGUAUCAGUACCCCGGGUACCGCGGCUACCAGUACCUCUUUGAGACCGGGGACUUUAGGCACUGGAACGAGUGGUGCGCCUUCCAGCCCCAGAUCCAGUCCAUCCGCCGCAUCCGGGACAUGCAGUGGGACCAGAAGGGCACCUUUGUCACCCCCGAGGCGCCCUCCAACUGAGCGCGGCCCCGCGCCCGCCCCGCGCUCCCCCUG